CGGGAGGAGCGCAGCAGCCACAACGGUUGGGAGGAAAGGCGAAGGAGAACGGGGGCUAAAUGAAAACACUUUUACCUGCUUUUUUCUGUGGGAUUUCGCUGCCAGUAUUACCGCCGACGCCACCCAGAGCGAUGUUCCGGAGGCAUUUGUGAUCCAUUCUUCAGGUAACAUUUGAGAAGAGGCUCCUUGCCCUGGCACAAGUUAAGGAGACUGCGGGGUCGGAGCUGCUGCUCUCCCUCUGAGACGCCGGCUAGACAGAGCUUCUCCCUCUGGCCAGCAUGACGGACGUGGUGAUCGUGAAGGAAGGAUGGCUCCACAAACGAGGAGAGUACAUUAAGACGUGGAGGCCGAGGUAUUUCCUGCUGAAGAAUGAUGGUACUUUUAUUGGGUAUAAGGAGCGGCCACAGGACGUGGACCAGCUGGAGACUCCGCUCAAUAACUUCUCUGUGGCACAGUGUCAGCUGAUGAAGACAGAGCGGCCCAAGCCCAACACAUUUAUCAUACGCUGCCUGCAGUGGACCACUGUCAUUGAGCGCACCUUCCAUGUGGAGACCCCAGAGGAACGGGAGGAGUGGACCAAAGCCAUCCAGGCUGUGGCAGACAGUCUGCAGAAACAAGAGGAGGAGAUGAUGGACUCCUCCCCUGACCCUAUGGACAUGGAGAUGUAUCUGACCAAACCUCGGCACAAAGUGACUAUGCAUGACUUUGAAUACCUCAAACUCCUUGGGAAAGGCACUUUUGGCAAAGUCAUCCUGGUGAAGGAGAAGGCCACAGGGAAAUACUACGCCAUGAAAAUCCUUAAGAAGGAAGUGAUAGUAGCUAAAGAUGAAGUGGCUCACACGCUCACAGAAAACCGCGUGCUCCAGAAUUCUAAGCACCCCUUCUUGACGGCGCUGAAAUACUCAUUUCAAACACAUGACCGUUUAUGCUUCGUCAUGGAGUAUGCCAACGGAGGAGAGCUUUUCUUCCACUUGUCACGGGACCGAGUGUUCUCUGAGGAUCGGGCACGGUUUUAUGGAGCAGAAAUAGUUUCUGCGCUGGACUACCUGCACUCAGAGAGGAACGUGGUGUAUCGGGACCUGAAGUUGGAGAAUCUGAUGCUGGAUAAAGAUGGCCACAUAAAGAUCACAGACUUCGGGCUUUGUAAGGAGGGCAUAAAGGACGGAGCCACCAUGAAGACCUUCUGUGGUACUCCGGAGUAUCUGGCUCCUGAGGUACUGGAGGAUAACGAUUACGGUCGUGCUGUAGACUGGUGGGGUCUCGGGGUGGUGAUGUAUGAGAUGAUGUGCGGCCGCCUGCCUUUCUACAACCAGGACCACGAGCGUCUGUUCGAGCUCAUCCUCAUGGAGGAUAUCCGUUUCCCCCGGACACUCGCUCCUGAGGGCAAGUCCUUGCUCUCCGGUCUCCUUAAGAAAGACCCGAAACAGCGGUUAGGAGGUGGGCCUGAUGAUGCAAAAGAGAUCAUGCAGCACAAAUUUUUUGCUGGAAUCAUGUGGCAAGAUGUUUACGAGAAAAAGCUGAUCCCUCCUUUUAAGCCCCAGGUUACCUCAGAAACGGACACAAGGUAUUUUGACGAGGAGUUCACUGCACAGACCAUCACAAUCACACCACCUGGAGAAGAUGAAAACAUGGAGCCGUUUGACAGUGAGAGAAGACCCCACUUUCCUAAGUUUUCCUACUCCGCCAGUGGAACCUGCUAGAUGACCUUUUUUCAUUCCUGCCUCUGCACCACCGAUUCCAGCGCUCCCUGCUGGGCGCUUUGAGUAGCCGUUGCUCUUUUGCACCACUGACCUAUGACAAAUUUCCCCCUACCAAUGACUAAACUUUAACAUCACAAAGGAAAGAUGGAAACAAAACAAAAAAAAACUGGCAUCUGAUAAGGGUGGCCUUUGGCAGCAUCCUACUGGAGUGCACACACUUUGGGCCUUUUCACCAUUUCGGUUUGUCUUACAUUGUCCAACAUUUCGAUUUGUCUUACAUUCUCCAACAUUUCGGUUUGUCUUACAUGUCAGAUUUUGUCACAGCACAAACAUUUCUUUGUGGCUAUAGCCAAUAAAUUUCAUAGUCUUGCGAAAGGAAAAACAAACCUUCCAGCACACUUUUGUUACUUCUGUGGCCUUCCAGUGACUUAUUUUCGAGGAUGUUAGAGGGAACAGUACACCACAUUCUCUACAAACAAAGAGACCAACAAACGAAUAAAUAAAUAAUUUACUGAAAAAGUAAAAAGCCACUUGACACAGAAGUCAAAGGUUUUAGAGCACUUCCUAAACCUAAUUAGGUAUUUACAGCAACUGAACUAAUAUAAUGCCAAAUAACAUGUAACACUUACUUAUACUGAAAAAGAACACCAGUCCUUUAGACCAACUAAAGCCUUCAUGCAUUUUAUACAAAGACUCAUUGAAGAAGAUGUCUUUGAAUAAUAUGUAAUCAUUUAGCAUUUCAAUUGAGCAGGACCUUACUUUUAGAGGUAUUGAUUGGAAUUGCUUUGACCCAAGCGCUUUUAGGCUAAAUUUCCCCUGCAUUUGUAAUCAUUUGUACUGAAUGUGCAAUACUGUAGCAAAACAUAAAGAAGGACAUAGAUAGUUUAGUAAUGUAGUUCAGCUGAAACAAGGCCACUUCAAUUUUGUCUGAACUGGAUCUGAAUGGAUUUUUUAAUCCUUUAGUGCUCUGAGUGGUAAGGAGGAAUUCUCAUUUCAGACUGCGUUAAAAAAAGGCAUCCUGCACUUGAACAUUGACAUUUUUGAAAGUGUUUUUCCCUAUAUUAAUCAAGUUGGGUACUCCUCCUCCAUCCUCUCUUUUCCUCCUUUUUUUGGACUGGUUUGUUUUCUGUAUUGGGUGCAUUUCUCCCAGUGCACGUUGCACAGCCUCAGUGAGGUACUACAACUAGAACUACUUCAACAACAUCCUUACAGUUCAUGGCUUUGAAUCUAAGGGAGCCUUGUGGCAGAACCAGCCUUUGUAAUCUUUUGAAAGGACUGUCUUUUUUCUUUUUUACCUGGAUUUGUUCAUUAUUUAUAUAUAUAAAAAAAAACCAGCAGUGACUAGGAGAUUGACUUUGCAGGAGAAAAUGCACUUUCCUGCCUCAGAUACUGUUGCAUUUGUACAUUGACGUUCAGGCAUUUCUUACACUGUAGAGGAGCUUCACGUAAGAUUCAGCAAGUACUGGUGCUUUAGCUAGAAAAGUCAGCCAUUGUUGUUUACACAUUGGAGUUAUAUAGAGUGUUUGACCCUAUGUGAUCACAUUUUGCUUGAUUAACACGAUAACUAUAAAUGCAGCCACAUUCUGCAUGGGUUGAUGAAAAAUGGGUAAGAGUUAUUCUGCUCAAAUUGCUGAUUUAUAAACAAUUAAAAUUAUCUAUGCACAGCAAAAAAAGAGAUCUUUGCAUUUUAAACCUAAUCACAACAUCUUAACAUUUCUUGUCAUAUUCUUGUAAGAAUAUUAAGAGGAUAUUAAACUUAUUUCUAUAUUUUUGUACUUGGUUUAAGUCAUUUAUCUAGAGAAAUAGUCUUGUUCAAUUGGCAGAUAAUUUUUUAAAAACACAAGCAAAACAAGCAAUAUUAUCUACCAAAGAAUGACAGUUUCACUAUAUAGAAUGACUUAAAACAAGUAAAAACAUCUAGAAAUAAGUUAUAAUCUUAAUAUUCUAAAAAACAGAGAAUCUACCAUCUCAAAAUGAUAGAUAUUAGACAUAAAGACACUUGCCAAGAUAUCAGUGUUUUACAGUGGUGCCACUUAUCCGGUUAGUGUGUGUGAUUUAAAGCGUGAAACUGAUUUACAAAGACUUCAUAAUCCUUAAAGAUCUUACCUGGUGCUCCUUUACCAUUGAAGGUGAUAUGAACCAGCAUUUCUCUAGAUUAAUCUGAUGGAAGGUGUAAAUACCAUGAAACUGUUUUCAAGCAGUUUGAGUACAAUCCAGUACAGCCCUUGUACAGAUACUGGAACGAGUCUUUGUACAGAUACUAGAAUCUGUUAGGAAAUUAAGCAUCAAGAACUUGUUUUGAAAAUGACCUUUUUUUUAUUAUCGUCAGUCACAAUUUUUAAAGUGCAUUACUCUGAUCAGUGUUCAAAUCUCACGUAGUAAUCACCAUGCAAAACUUUGUCAACAUGCGUAAAUGAAUGUAAAGGCUUUUCCCUCUUCACUUUUUUACCUUAAUACCUUAAUUUUUGUAUCUUCUUCUCCAGAUUAAAGGAGCAAUAAGUAACCUUACCAUUUUGUCUGCCGACUUACGUAUUAUUGGCUCACUGCUGUUCAUAUUGCCUUACCAUGCCGUUUGAACAUUUGACCCGACCACUGUAGAAAACAGCGUCACUCUGGCUCACAAGCCUUUAACUCUCACUUUGUAACAUUCCACACUUACCAUAUAGCCUAUAUAUCAUUUUCUUCUUGAAAACAUCUACUUAUUGCUUCUUUAAGACCUGAUUGUUACAUAUGCAUAUGCUUUCUCAUACUGUCCUGUUAUCUUUUUGAAAUGCGGAGAUAUUUUGCUUUUUUUAUAUACCUUUCCUCAACUCUCAAACUAAAGACACAUGCUUUAGUAUACGAAUAAUACAAACUUUGUACACACAUCUGUUUUUAUGGUUUAGAUUUUUUCUGUGGAACUGAGCAAAUAAAAGGUUUGGCUAAA